AUGGUCUGCAGUUUGACGUCACCCCGACUAUUGGCUGUCCUGGCCUUGGCCCAGUUGGUCACUGGCUUCCUGGUCGGUCGUUCACCUGACCGGACAUUCCCGAAGCCGGGGAGGGGUGAUGAGGGUCUGUACCACUUCGCCGCUGUGGCUUCCAACGCUGACCCUUGCUCUCAGGUUGGAACUGGUUUUCAAAGUGGGCGCUACCGCCCCAAGGGGGGCGGUGGCGAGAGUUUGGGGGGCGCUGUGGCGAAACUGGGCGAUUGGGGGGCGCUGGUGGGCGCUAAGGGGGCGGCAGGCAAAAACCAUGCUAUUGGUGAGAAUCUCAUGCCUGCGACAAGAGAGGUGGUCAACACAGUCCCGCAAAGUGCCCUGGAGCCUGUGUUGAAAGUUCUCCCACUAAGUGACAAUACCAUUCAAAGACGUAUUGAUGAGAUAGAGCUCAUGGCAAAGAAGAGAGGGAGUGCUGUUGAUGCGGCCAUUGCUAGUAUGUUGUGUGUGGGAGUGACAAGAUUUCAGAACAGUGGACUCGGUGGUGGUCAUUUUGCGACAAUCUAUGACAGUCUCAGACACACCAACCAAUCAACUCUCCACAGAGCGUCCAGGAAAGUACAGUCCAUCAUAGCCAGAACCAUGGCCCCGAGUGCAGCCAACUCAACGAUGUUCAUCAAUGAUACUGUCGGCGUAACACAGGGAGGUCGUUCAAUCGCUGUACCGGGAGAAAUUCUCGGUUUUUGGGAAGCUCACAAGCUACAGGGUCGUCUUCCUUGGCGCGACCUUUUCCAACCUGCGAUUAAACUUGCUAUUGAAGGCUUCCAUAUCGAGCCCUCUGCAGCUGCUAUCAUCCAACGUAAAAUACCCACAGGAAUAUUUGACUCGUUUCCAGCUCUCAAAGCCACCGUGACGAACCCAGCUACAGGCACCUGGUACAAGGAAGGGGAGAUGGUCCGGCGUCCCAAGCUGGCAAGGACCUUGAAGAGAAUCGCUGACGGUGGCGCAGCUGAGUUCUACAAUGGGAGUCUAGCUGAUGACAUUGUCAAGGAGAUACAGGGGGCAGGAGGUAUCAUCACCAAGCAGGACUUGGCUGAUUUUUAUGCUGACGUCACAUCACCUUUGUCUCUGGCUCUGAAUGGAGGACUCACCAUCUACUCACCACCAUUACCUUCCAGUGGCGCCAUCGCUCAGAAUAUUCUAAACAUCUUCUCGGGUAAUGUUCUUAACACUUUGAUACCAGUUGAUCUAUCUCUGAACCCCACGCAUUGUCGAAUGACCGGAUUACACAUUGUCACGCUGAGGAUCAUUGUGGAACAGUCCCGGGAGUGGAACGCCCAGCUGAUCGUCAACUACCCUGAUUAUGAGAAGGUCUUUGACAGCGUAUACCGAGCAACACUAUGGAAAAUAAUGAGACAUCAUGAUUUCCCACAGAAGUUGAUGAAUCUCAUUAAGAGCAUGUACGAAGGGACACGUUGUUACAACAUGACGUCAGCGGACCUAUCAACCAAUGAAAAGACAGUGCUCACCUACCACCGAUUCAUUGAGGCCUUCAAGCACGCGUACGCUGCUCGUUCCAAACUGGGCAGUCCGUACGGUGAGACAAAGUCGUUCAAGGAUGAGAUGAACAAGUCUGUGCUUGGUCCGACGAGUUUGUUGAAUCCGAGUUCCACUGUAAAAUGCUCACAGCUCAUUGCCAACCUGACAUCACCUGAACAAGGGGAAGCGACCCGCAGGCAGAUAUGGGACAACCAGACGUUCCCCUGGCCAAAUUACGGCGCCGAGUAUUACUCUCAAGACGAUCACGGCACGUCUCAGCUCUGUGUUUUGGCGCCAAACGGAGACGCUGUGUCUAUGACCUCAACCAUUAACCUAUAUUUCGGCUCCAAGAUUGUAGGGGAGACAACUGGAAUCACUUACAACGACGACAUGGAUGAUUUCUCCACCCCUGGCAUCGUGAACGCUUUCGGAGUCGCUCCAUCCUCUUUCAACUUCAUCAAGCCUGGGAAACGGCCUAUGUCUUCCAUGAGUCCUUCCAUCAUUCUAGAUGACCAGGGGUCAGUUCGGCUUGUCAUUGGUUCGGCUGGAGGAACCAAGAUUACAACAACGACAACCCUGGUGAGAAUUCCGACCUCGAUUUUCAAGAUCUACGAUGUUCACUUGACCUACUUCGCAUAUAUGAGGGAUUUCCUCUCUGUUGGGCUACUUUUGGGUCACCGCUUUUUCGGCUCCAAGAUUGUAGGGGAGACAACUGGAAUCAUUUACAACAGCGACAUGGAUGAUUUCUCCACCCCAGGCUUUGUCAACGCUUUCGGAGUUCCUCCAUCCUACUUCAACUUCAUCAAGCCUGGGAAACGGCCCAUGUCUUCCAUGAGUCCUUCCAUCAUUCUUGAUGACCAGGGGUCAGUUUGGCUCAUCGUUGGCGCAGCGGGGGGAACAAAGAUCACCACAACCACAGCUCUGAUGACCGGCUUCACACUGUGGUUGGGUGAGGACAUAAAGUCUGCCAUUGACGCACCUCGCAUUCACCAUCAGCUACUUCCGGAUGAAGUCAGGAUCUCACCAACAGCACCCCUGUGGCUCAUUGACGGCCUGAAGCAGAAAGGUCACAAGAUAGUAUUCGGCGUAAGCAGCACCCCCACAGGCAUCCUUCAGAGACCUCUGGGCUACAUCCUGGCCAACGCACAAGGAGCUACUGUGGACGGGUAUUGAGCAUUCAGUUGGGAGGAAGACAGUGCCACUCAGCGUUAACAUUGCUGCCAAACGCUGACGAAACGCUUUUUUCCUUAUUUAAAUGAUUAUAAUACAUGUAUUGUGGCUUUGAUGUAGCGUUCAACCCCGAAUAAAAUAAACUGGCUUUGAGUGCUUUACAGUACAACAGUAACAUUGUGUUUUGACCCCCAAAAAUCUCUCUUAAUAUGUAUCUAAUUAACUUAAAAACAGCGAUUUCCGUUUUCGUAUAACACAGUCAAACCUGGUUAUACCCUUUACUUUGAGACGCGAAUGAAGUUGGCGGUACAGCGGGGCUAGCUGUGGGAUAGCAACGAUUGCCAUCUUGACUAAUGGUAAACUGGUAGAGAGUAAAGGACAAACUGUGGCCCGUCUCGACUCAUCAUUGUCUUGCGUGAUUGCCAAGUUCAGGAGAAAAACGAGUAAUGCCGUAAAAAGUUAUAUGUGCAGCUCCAACUAGACUUCACGUAAAUAGGGAAAUUCUGUCGUAUCAGAAGCUAGGCUGCAUUUGUCAAGCGUCCUGAAAACAUAGAGGGUUCUUUUUUUAAAAAACCCGAUAGGCCUACUCGUCAGUCUUCGGGUCGCCUCAGACCUGUCCCGUAGACUUGAGUAUGAGUCCUCAAAAUAUAUAUAAAAGUUUCACGGGCACCCAAAACGGUCGAAGCCAGACAGUUUGCCAACAGGUCGAAGUGGUGCAGUUCCUUUGAAGUUUCUCUAGGUGGGACAAAUUUACAUUAGCUUAAUUAGAACAGUCCAACUGAUACAGAUAGCAGAAUGUCAUUCCCUGUGCUCAACAUAAAUCUAAAGGUAAACUGCCCUGUGUGCAACCAGACCUAGAUGCCAUCACUUUCACUAUCUUCUUAAUAAGGCAGAAGAGUGAAAAAAAAGGCAAGGCACCUUCCCUUUAAUUUUUCUUGUUGACGUAUAUUACACUUUUACUGAAGCUGGUAGAAACAUUUUUAAAAUGUUUGUUAAAAACCGUGGUUUGUGAGAUUUUGAGGUAAGUUGUUCAAAUGGAGAUAAUAAAGAAAAGAACAGUUUCAGUUUUCAAUGCUGUUGUUUUGUUUCUGACGAGUCAUUGAUUAUUUGCUCCUGGUUAUGAUAAGUAUUUGCAGUUUAAUACAGAGGAAUAUCGGUGGUUGCACCAACGGCAUGGCGAUAUAAUCCAAGGCCUACAUACAAACAAGCUGGUUGCGGGUUGGGCAUAAGGUGAUUUGUUUUUCGGACAAAGAUGCAAUAACCUCUUGGGUUGUACCAGUAUAAUUCUAUCUAAUCCUUGGUUAUGGUUAGUUAAAAUUACAACUUAUACUUCUGGCUUGUAAUUUUGUAUAAAAGGAAAACAAUUAGAAAUAACCAAAACCCACCAUUGUUAAUUUUGAGGAGCAAUUCCAUUAGAAUAGUAUCUACAAUAACCAUAGUUUAAAUAACACAUAGGUGAGUCUAACAUGCAAAUAGCGCAAAAAGCAACCCUGCACAUACCGAAGAUAUAUUCAGAUCCCGAUUUUUUUUUCUUAUUACAUUCUUUGUAUUAAAAACACACACAUAAUGCUUAUAGUAAAGAAUUCGUACUUAACGAAAACAAAAAUGGCAUCAGCGAGGGAAGAUGUUAAAUUAUUUCCCUCUGCAACUUCACCAAGAUCAAUCUUUGCAGAACGCUCGCAUGUUGUUGCAUAUUGUACAAUCUCUGUUGAAGAAGAAGCGUGCUGACACGUGUGCUGAAUGUACAUGCUUUCGCGUGACCACAGACUCUUGACACGCAUUUUAUAAUGACCAGCUAGUUUUGCCUCUAAAAAGUAUCAUUGGUGAUCUGUGACGUAGGCUAUAUGCGUAUACAAAAUGUGUGUGAGAAGCGGAAAGUGCCUUGAACAAUUCUAUAUUUUCCGGGUGAAGGAAGUUUGAAGCAUUUUACAUAAAUUUAUGAAGAAAAGUUUAAUAAUCUAGCCUCAACUGUUGUGGACAAAUAUGAAUAAGUUCAGACAAAUUGAGACAAACUGAUGUCCACAGUAUGGAUAGCAUUGCUUCACCGUUAAAAAGAUAUUUGAGGAUGAGUUGCGCCACGAAUUUUUGACUGCACUAUAACUAUGUACCCGAUGCUAUAGCUAUGUACCCGUUUGAUGAACGGACUCAAAAGAAUCAAUCCUCAAGUCAAUGUAGAAACAGUACGCACUGCUUGUGAACGGAAUCCUCA